AAAUCUAAUUGUGAUUGGCGGGCCCUUUAUGUCUAAUUGCUACACCUCCGUCACAGACCGACCGUGACAACUCAGUAUUUGUUGCAUUGGGGCCUAUGAAGCAGUCACAAGUUUAUUACGAUGGCAGACGCAGAAGUUGAACAAAGUCAGGGCUUUCUCCAUGAACUGUUCACAUCUCCCCUGAAUCUGAGCCUCUUGUGUCUCUGUAUAUUUCUGGUGUACAAAAUCGUGCGGGGGGACCGACCUCCAAGCAGCGACGAGGAUGGGGAGCCGCCGCUCCCCAGGAUGAAGAAGCGGGAUUUCACUUUAGCUGAGCUCCAGGAGUACGACGGGGAGAAAAACCCCAGGAUCCUCAUCGCUGUCAGAGGCAAGGUGUUCGAUGUGACUCGGGGCAAGACGUUUUACGGGCCAGGUGGACCUUAUGGCAUUUUUGCUGGGCGAGAUGCAUCACGAGGUCUUGCCACUUUCUGUCUGGAUAAAGAGUCCCUCAAGGAUGAGUAUGAUGACCUCUCUGAUCUGAAUUCCAUGCAACAGGACAGUUUGAGUGAAUGGGAGAUGCAGUUUGAGCAGAAGUACUAUUAUGUUGGCAAACUGUUGAAGCCUGGGGAGGACCCAACUGAAUAUACAGAUGAAGAGGAUGCAAAAGAUACAAAGAAUCUAAAGAAGGAGGAUUAGUAUUUUCUGUGCUUUUUUUUCCAGGGAAGAAGAAGAAAAAAAAAAGACUAGUCUUCAAGGCAUUCCAUGAUUCUGCAUAAUUGGAUGCACUGUGUUCUAAGUAAUAGUACAUGAUUUAGAUUUUUGGGGUUAUUACAUUGUACUCAAGUCUGUAUUUUGGGUAGCUAACAUUUCUAAAGUGUGCAUCUUUCUGCUAAAAGAGAAAUGAACAACUGGAAUGGCUGUCUCCAAAGUUGUACAGGACUGAAGGGUAUUAUUGAGCAGUAUACAUCUGUGGAACAGUUUUAGCUGUCAAACUUCAGAUUGUAUAGUUCAUCAGUGAGCUAACUUUGUAGCCCCCCCAAUCACCCUGUUGGUUGUCCAUCGUAUCCUGCUACAGUUCAAAAUAGGCUUACAUUUAUAAUGUUUUGGUUCCUAUUGCUUUUACUGCUUCCUGACUAGGAUUUGUAACUUCCAGAUCUCAAUUAAUAUACUAUCUGGUCUAUUUGGGGCAGGUUUUAACCAAGUAACAGAAAGUUGUCAACAUUUGGUUAAGAAUUACAUUUUCUUUGUUGUAUUAGAAAGGGUGAGGUGCAUUGUGUUUGGAGUAGAUGUUGAUCUACUCAACUGUUUUUAUUUUGUAUACAGAUUAACAGUCUUAAAACAAUUUUAACUCCAGUUCUUUAGACAGAAUAAUAUACUUAAAAAGCAAUCAGUAAUAUUUUUGUCAACUGAAAUAAUGUAUUUUGUUACAAGUAUGUAUACUGCAGUAUCCCAGGUUUGUGCAUUUUAUUGUAAAAACUUUUGAUAGUAUUUUUACAGUAUACUAGAAAUAAUGCAGCAGAUUUUCCUUUUUAUAGCAUGUGACUACCAGCUCUUUAGGGUACUGUUAAUGCUCCUUUUUAGAGUUAAUGUUUAAUUCAUGCUUUACCCACUGCGUAAUCUGUUUGCACUUAAAAUACAGGUACUGCAUUUGGGAUUCAUUGUAGCUUGAAUGUGGGCUGUGAAGGAAAGCAGCUCCUGGAAGAGCUGAAACAUUGUAUGGACCAAAAGAUCCCCCUCCUCCACAUGUCCAUUGUUUUCAAUUUAAAGAAACUGUACAUUACAGUAGUUCUUUUUGGAAUUCCAAGCAAAGAACCACCAAGUGCAGUAAUCAUACCUGGUAUCUUUCACUUGGAUUGAACUGCCAGAUUACUAAAGGGAAUGUUGUGUUUGCCUUAUAAAUAGAUUUUAUGUGCUCACUAGGAAAACUAUGGGAAUGAAAUGUAAAAAGUGUUUAUAUCAUGUGCAGUGUUAAGUACCUUGCAUACCCUUUAUGUGGUUUGUGCUACUGUUCUGCAAACCUGGCAGGAGUUUUGACUUAAUACUGUUUUUAUUUUCUCUUCUUCAAUGCUUAAGAUUGCACUUUGUGACAUAUAAUAUGUCAUAUUAUCUUUGCUUUUCUUUCACAGAAAGCCAGUAUCCUGAAUCCAUGCUGCUGAGAUAGCUAUUAAGGGAGAUUUAUAAAGUGCAUCCUUUGCACAGGAGCUAUCAAUCUUGACCAAUAUUUGUAGUUAGAGAGGCUAAGAAAUCUAUAGGAAUGAGCUGUUAAAAAAAAAAAAAAAUGUAAUGCUGUUGUCAAAUAAACAUAUCAAUAUUGUCUUGA